UACCUUGAAAUUUUCCACAAUAUACCCUCAAGUCUGAAUACCAAUUCCUUCAAUUCUCUCUGCCAAUGAAGCAGAACAAAGUAACGAUUUUUAAAUGAAGACAUCACCGUUUUCUUCCGUCAACCUCCGUCUCGCCGCCGUCACCGUCGUCGUUAUAUCAUUUCUGGCACCCUCAUCCCAUGCUCUUGGCUCCGGCACGACUUUGGCAAUCGCCGACAACUCCGCCACCGUGUGCGGCAUCGUGGCCGGUGAAACCACGCGGCGCAUUGAGUGUUACCGUGAGGGGGUGAUUGUCGCCGUCGUUCCCGACGUUAACUUUACGUCGAUUUCCGGUGGGAGGGACUAUUUCUGUGGCCUCAGGUUCGGUAACUCCAAUUUGCAUUGCUGGGAUACGAUCGCUUCAUUCGAAAGAAAAAGGCUUUACAAUGAUAGUUCUGUUCCAUUGGAGAAUCUUGCUGUUGGGGAUACCCACGUUUGUGCUACGGUGGUGCGUGAUGGAACGGUUAGGUGCUGGAGAACCAGUGACACGUUUGAUCCACCAUCUGGGUCUGAUCAAUUUGCUUCAAUUUCAUCUGGGAAUGGCUUUUCUUGUGGAAUUUUGAGGAAUAGUUCUGGGAUUCGGUGUUGGGGUGAAGUGAAUAUUUCGAGGCAGAUAGAGAGUGGGUUUGGAAACGUGUCCAUGUUGAGUGUUGUAGCGGGUGGUUCUCAUGUUUGUGGGUUGGAUUCGAGUGGGUUUUUGGUGUGCAAAGGAAUUAACAGUUCUGGGCAACUGAAUGUUCCUCAAGGUGGGGCUUUUGAAUUUUCUGGGUUGGCACUUGGAGCUGAGCAUGUUUGUGCUAUUAGACGAUUGAAUGGUUCGGUUAUUUGUUGGGGUGGCAAUGGGAGAUUCUCCGUGAAUGUUACAGAAGGAGUUUCCUUUGAGUCAAUUGUUUCAGGGUCCAAUUUUACUUGUGGAUUGACGACGAUGAAUUUGUCUGUGGUGUGUUGGGGCCCUGGUUGGUCCAAUGGUUCAAGUUCUGGUUCUAGCUCAAGGUUUGAGCUCCCCUUGCCACGUAUUCUCCCUGGACCUUGUGUUCAAUCUUCUUGUAGUGAGUGUGGUUCAUAUCUUGGUUAUCAAUAUCUAUGUUCUGGCUUUGGUAACAUUUGCAAACCAAUGCCCUGUAGCCCUCAAUUAACAGUUCCUCCACCAUCAUCACAACCGCCGCCGCCGCCGCCACCAAUGUCUCCUCCAACAUCAUCUCGAUCAAAGACCUUGACUAGAGGCUUAUUGGCAUUUGCUAUUAUUGGAUCAGUGGGAGCUUUUGCUGGAAUAUGCACAAUAGUUUAUUGCUUAUGGAGUGGAGUUUGUUUUGGUAAGAAGAAGGUACACAAUUCUGUGCAACCAACGAUGACAAGAGGUAGCAGUGGUUCCAAUGGUGGGGGUGCUUCCAAUAAUAGCACAUCCUCUAUAUCAUCUGUAAUUAAGCGUCAGAGUUCAAUUAUAAUGAGGCGCCAGAGGAGUGGAACCUCAUCAACAAAGCACCCAGACAGGGCUGAGGAGUUCACCCUUGCGGAACUAGUAGCAGCCACCAACAAUUUUUCACUUGAGAACAAGAUUGGUUCUGGAAGCUUUGGUGUUGUGUAUAAAGGCAAACUUGCCGAUGGUCGUGAAGUGGCGAUCAAGAGGGGUGAAACCGGUUCAAAGAUGAAGAAGUUUCAAGAGAAAGAGACUGCAUUUGAGUCUGAAUUGUCCUUCUUGUCCCGUCUACACCACAAGCACUUGGUUGGGCUGGUUGGGUUCUGUGAAGAGAAAGAUGAAAGGCUUUUAGUGUAUGAGUACAUGAAGAAUGGGGCAUUGUAUGAUCAUUUGCAUAACAAGAACAAUGUGGAGAAGAGUAGCAGUGUCUUGAACUCAUGGAAAAUGAGGAUAAAAAUUGCUUUGGAUGCUGCUCGAGGAAUAGAAUAUCUCCAUAAUUAUGCAGUUCCAUCCAUAAUUCACAGAGAUAUCAAGUCUUCCAACAUUCUUCUUGAUGCUACUUGGACGGCAAGAGUAUCUGAUUUUGGAUUGUCAAUGAUGAGUCCAGAACCUAACCGUGAUUACCGGCCAAUAAAAGCAGCAGGAACCGUUGGAUACAUUGAUCCCGAGUACUAUGGUCUAAAUGUAUUGACAGCAAAGAGUGAUGUGUAUGGGCUUGGAGUUGUACUAUUAGAACUUUUGACAGGAAAGAGAGCAAUAUUCAAGCAUGGUGAAGAUGGAGGCACUCCAUUAAGUGUGGUAGACUUUGCAGUGCCUACUAUUUUGGCUGGAGAAUUGGUGAAAAUUUUGGAUCCAAGGGUUGGACCCCCAGAUGUGAAUGAAGGAGAGGCAGUGGAGUUAGUAUCCUAUAUUGCUAUCCAUUGUGUUAAUUUGGAAGGCAAAGAUAGACCAACGAUAGCUGACAUUGUGCUCAAUUUGGAAAGGGCCUUGGCUAUUUGUGAUACUAUCCAUGAUAGCAAUUCCAGCGGUAAAAUCUCUGUUGUUUCAGAAUGAUAAAGUCAAACCCCGGUAAAGGGGGAAAAAUAUUGAAAAUUUUGUCAAUUCUUAUUGAUUCUUUCUGGUAAGUUACAUGGGUAUACUCUUGGCCUGUAAAGAUUAGGGGUAUCAUCUAACACUAAGCUGUAGCAUUGUAGAUUGUAUAAUUUCUCAAAUUUACUAACAUUGAUGCCUACACAUUUACACACUAUUUUGGCAAUUUAAUUUUU